AUGGAUGAUGCCGAGUACGAUGAGAUACGCUACAUCUUCGACGUGUCUGGUGAACGGUUCGUAUUCACUUACCACGAGGUGGCAGACCGCGGUUUUCUGUAUGCGAUGCUGUGGAAGGUGAACGACCUGAAGCUCGAGGAAAUUGACUGGCAAAUGCCGGACAUGGCAGAAGGGGACCAGCUGUCUGUGGACGAGGUCGCAGUAACUCGUGACACUACGAAGCCUCCCGAUUAUCUGAGAGAGAGCGAACUCGUCGCCCUGAUGGACAAGAAUGGCAUCGGCACCGAUGCCUCUAUUCCGCAGCACAUGCAGAAUGUUGUGGACCGGCACUACGUCAUGAUCUGUGGCCCUGGGGCGGACGGCCAGCGAGGCGAAGUCAUCUCCAAAGGGGGCAAAGGGAAAGGCCGGAAAGGCAAAGGGAAAGGUGCUAAAGGUGAAGAUGGACGGCCUGCCUCGAGGCACAUGGUGCCCACACCAAUGGGGCUGAGCUUACUGGCCGCCUUCGAAGAACUGGAUGCGCAGCUUUGCCGCCCUCCUAUCAGGGCCUUCAUGGAAAAGCAGGUGGCUCAGAUUGCGGAAGGCUUGCUGGACAAGCCGGACGUCACAGCACAGAACUUGGACCUGUUCCACUCCAAGUUCUUGAAGUUCCGAGACAACAUCAGUUCCCUGGACCGCUUUUUCAUGCGGAAAGACCAGAUGGCGCAGUCUUGGUCAGGAGCUGGCCAGAAACGUCAAGGAGAAAGCUGGGGUGGCGAAAACAAGUGGCACAAGUGGGAUGGACAAGGAAAGGGUCAGAACAAGGGUGUCAAGCGCAAGGGCGGCAAGAAGUAG